UACAACUGUUUCCUCUGGAGCUGUGACUUCUUUAGCUGGAAUGUGAUCCCGAACAGUUUCCCUUUGAGUCUCGCAUUUGCCUUGAGCAGUUUUCUUGUCUCUCUUCUCCGACACCCCAAUCUGACUUUCUUCUCUCUCUGUCUUCAACAGAUCUACACUGACUGGGCCAACCACUACCUGGCUAAAUCUGGACACAAGCGGCUGAUUAAGGAUUUGCAGCAGGACAUUGCAGACGGGGUCCUUCUGGCAGAGAUCAUCCAGAUCAUUGCAAAUGAGAAAGUUGAAGAUAUCAAUGGAUGUCCUAGAAGUCAUUCUCAGAUGAUUGAAAAUGUUGAAGUCUGCCUUAGUUUUCUAGCAGCCCGAGGAGUAAAUGUCCAAGGCCUAUCGGCUGAAGAAAUAAGAAAUGGAAACUUAAAAGCCAUCCUAGGGCUGUUUUUCAGUUUGUCUCGCUACAAGCAGCAGCAGCACCAUCAACAGCAGUAUUAUCAGUCCCUGGUGGAACUUCAACAGCGAGUGACUCACACUGGUCCACAGUCGGAAGCCAGUCAGGUCAAAACCCAGCAAGAUAUGCAGUCUAGUCUGACAGCCAGAUAUGCAUCUCAGUGUAAUCAGAGUGGAGUUGCAACCAGUCAGAAAAAGCCUACUAGGCUUCCCGGGCCCUCUAGGGUGCCAGCUGCCAGCAGCAGCAACAAGGCUCAAGGAGCCUCCAAUCUGAAUAGGAGAAGUCAGAGCUUUAACAGCAUUGACAAAAACAAGCCUCCCAAUUACACAAAUGGAAACGAAAAAGAUUCCUCCAAAGGACCUCAACCAUCUUCAGGUAUAAAUGGAAACACACAGCCUCCCAGCACUGCUGGGCAACCCCCAGCCUCUGCCAUCCCUUCCCCAAGUGCCAGCAAGCCCUGGCGCAGCAAGUCCAUGAAUGUCAAGCACAGUGCCACCUCCACCAUGCUGACGGUGAAGCAGUCAAGCCCAGCCACCUCCCCAACUCCAUCUUCAGACAGACUGAAGCCCCCUGUCACAGAAGGGGUCAAAAGCACUCCCUCGGGACAGAAAUCGAUGCUUGAAAAGUUCAAGCUGGUCAAUGCCCGGACUGCGUUGCGCCCCCCUCAGUCUACCAGUUCAGGACCUAGUGAUGGUGGGAAGGAUGAUGAUGCCUUUUCUGAAUCUGGAGAAAUGGAAGGGUUUAAUAGUGGUCUGAACAGCGGUGGUUCAACCAACAGCAGUCCCAAAGUGUCACCUAAAUUAGCCCCUCCAAAAGCAGGAAGCAAAAAUCUCAGCAAUAAAAAGUCUUUGCUGCAGCCAAAAGAAAAGGAGGAAAAAAACAGGGACAAAAAUAAAGCCUGCACUGAAAAGGCGGGAAAGGAAGAGAAGGACCAGGCGACGGAGACGGCUCCGAAAAAGACCUCUAAGAUCGCAAGCUUGAUCCCAAAGGGCAGCAAGACCGCCGCCGCUAAGAAAGAGAGCUUAAUUCCAUCAUCCAGUGGGAUUCCAAAGCCAGGCUCAAAGGUGCCCACGGCAAAGCAAACUAUCUCACCGGGCAGUGCAGCAAGCAAAGAGUCUGAAAAAUUCAGGACUACCAAGGGGAGCCCUUCCCAGGCCUUCCCCAAGCCCAUCACCGCGGAGAAAGCGAGCACCCACGGCCUCUCCGCUCCUCAGGAGGGGAGGGAAGCUGGCCAUGCGUCACCUUCUAGUUCCUGUGGACAGAGCACUGGUAACGGAGCCGUCCAGCUCCCCCAGCAACAGCAGCAUAGUCAUCCCAACACUGCCACGGUGGCUCCCUUCAUUUACAGAGCACAUUCAGAAAAUGAAGGCACCUCUUUACCAUCUGCUGAUUCCUGUACCAGCCCCACAAAGAUAGACUCUUCAUAUAAUAAGACGGCUAAGCAGUGCCUAGAAGAGAUAUCUGGUGAGGACCCUGAAGCCAGAAGAAUGCGCACAGUCAAGAACAUAGCAGAUCUGAGGCAGAACUUGGAAGAGACGAUGUCCAGUCUUCGUGGGACCCAAAUAAGCCACAGCACCCUGGAGACAACAUUUGAUACUACUGUGACAACUGAAGUGAAUGGAAGGACCAUCCCCAACCUCACAAGCCGACCCACUCCCAUGACCUGGAGACUGGGGCAGGCAUGUCCUCGUCUUCAGGCCGGAGAUGCCCCCUCCAUGGGCGCUGGAUACCCUCGAAGCGGUACCAGCCGAUUCAUCCACACAGACCCCUCCAGGUUCAUGUAUACAACACCCCUCCGCAGAGCCGCUGUCUCUCGCCUGGGAAACAUGUCACAAAUAGAUAUGAGUGAGAAAGCCAGCAGCGACCUGGAUGUGUCUUCUGACGUGGAUGUUGGUGGAUACAUGAGUGAUGGUGAUAUCCUGGGGAAGAGUCUGAGAGCUGAUGAUAUCAACAGUGGGUACAUGACAGAUGGUGGGCUUAGCCUAUAUACCAGAAGUCUGAACCGAGUACCAGAUACAGCAACUUCCAGGGAUGUCACACAGAGAGGAGUUCACGAUGUGACAGUGGAUGCAGACAGCUGGGACGACAGCAGUUCAGUGAGCAGCGGUCUCAGUGAUACCCUUGAUAACAUCAGCACAGAUGACCUGAACACCACGUCCUCCAUCAGCUCUUACUCCAACAUCACUGUCCCCUCCAGGAAGAACACUCAGCUGAAAACAGAUGCAGAGAAACGUUCAACGGCCGAUGAGACCUGGGAUAGUCCAGAGGAGCUGAAGAAGACGGAAGAAGAUUUUGACAGCCACGGUGAUGGAGGUGCCAAGUGGAAGGGUGCUGCAACCUCUGGACUUGCUGAAGACUCCUCUGAGAAGACAGGGCAGAAAGCGGGCCUGUCUGUGUCUCAGACUGGCUCCUGGAGGAGGGGCAUGUCUGCCCAGGGAGGGACACCAGCUAGGCAGAAAACCAACACGAGUGCACUGAAGACUCCUGGGAAGACAGAUGAUGCCAAAGCUUCAGAGAAAGGGAAAACCCCCCUGAAAGGAUCAUCCUUGCAAAGGUCUCCUUCAGAUGCAGGGAAAAGCAGUGGAGAUGAAGGGAAAAAGCCACCCUCGGGCAUUGGAAGAUCGUCAGCCAGCAAUUCUUUUGGAUAUAAGAAGACAAGUGGUGUAGGGUCGUCCUCCACUAUGAUUACCAGCAGCGGUGCCACCAUAACCAGCGGCUCAGCUACAUUGGGAAAAAUCCCCAAAUCAGCUGCCAUUGGUGGGAAGUCAAAUGCAGGAAGGAAAACCAGCUUAGAUGGAUCCCAGAAUCAAGACGAUGUUGUCCUGCACGUGAGCUCCAAGACCACCCUCCAGUACCGCAGCUUGCCCCGCCCUUCCAAGUCCAGCACCAGCGGUAUCCCCGGGCGAGGUGGCCACCGAUCCAGUACCAGCAGCAUUGAUUCCAAUGUCAGCAGCAAGUCAGCCGGGGCCACCACCUCCAAACUGAGAGAACCCACUAAGAUCGGCUCAGGGCGCUCGAGUCCAGUCACUGUCAACCAAACAGACAAAGAGAAGGAGAAAGUAGCAGUCUCAGAUUCAGAGAGUGUUUCUUUGUCAGGGUCCCCCAAAUCCAGCCCCACCUCUGCCAGUGCCUGUGGUACACAAGGGCUCAGACAGCCAGGGUCCAAAUAUCCAGAUAUUGCCUCACCUACAUUUCGAAGGUUGUUUGGUGCCAAGGCAGGUGGCAAAUCUGCCUCUGCACCUAAUACUGAGGGUGUGAAAUCCUCCUCAGUACUGCCCAGCCCUAGUACCUCAUUAGCGCGACAAGGCAGUCUGGAGUCACCGUCGUCUGGUACGGGCAGCAUGGGCAGUGCUGGCGGGCUAAGCGGCAGCAGCAGCCCUCUCUUCAAUAAGCCCUCAGACUUAACUACAGAUGUUAUAAGCUUAAGUCACUCCUUGGCUUCCAGCCCAGCAUCGGUUCACUCUUUCACAUCGGGUGGUCUUGUGUGGGCUGCCAAUCUGAGCACUUCCUCUACAGGCAGCAAGGACACUCCGAGUUACCAGUCCAUGACUAGUCUCCAUACGAGCUCUGAGUCAAUUGACCUGCCCCUCAGCCAUCAUGGCUCCCUGUCUGGACUGACCACAGGCACUCACGAGGUGCAGAGCCUGCUCAUGAGAACGGGUAGUGUGAGAUCUACUCUCUCAGAAAGCAUGCAGCUUGACAGAAAUACACUACCCAAAAAGGGACUAAGAUACACCCCAUCAUCUCGGCAGGCCAACCAAGAAGAAGGCAAGGAGUGGCUACGUUCCCAUUCUACCGGAGGGCUGCAGGAUACUGGCAACCAGUCUCCCCUGGUCUCCCCGUCGGCCAUGUCAUCUUCAGCCACAGGAAAAUACCACUUCUCCAACUUGGUGAGUCCUACCAACCUGUCUCAAUUUAACCUUCCUGGGCCCAGUAUGAUGCGCUCCAACAGCAUUCCCGCCCAAGACUCCUCCUUUGACCUCUAUGAUGAUGCCCAGCUUUGCGGUAGUGCCACUUCUCUGGAGGAAAGACCACGUGCAAUCAGCCAUUCGGGCUCAUUCAGAGACAGCAUGGAAGAAGUUCAUGGUUCUUCGCUGUCACUGGUCUCUAGCACAUCUUCUCUGUACUCUACGGCUGAAGAAAAGGCACAUUCAGAGCAAAUCCAUAAGCUACGGAGAGAACUCGUGGCAUCCCAGGAGAAAGUCGCUACCCUCACAUCUCAGCUGUCGGCAAAUGCUCACCUCGUAGCAGCUUUUGAAAAGAGUUUAGGGAAUAUGACUGGCCGAUUGCAGAGUCUGACCAUGACAGCGGAACAAAAGGAGUCUGAACUUAUAGAACUACGGGAAACCAUUGAAAUGCUGAAAGCCCAGAACUCUGCUGCCCAGGCAGCCAUUCAGGGUGCACUGAAUGGCCCAGACCACCCUCCCAAAGAUCUCCGCAUCAGAAGACAGCAUUCCUCUGAAAGUGUUUCUAGUAUCAACAGCGCUACAAGCCACUCCAGUAUUGGCAGUGGUAACGAUGCCGACUCCAAGAAAAAGAAAAAGAAAAACUGGCUGAGAAGCUCUUUCAAACAAGCGUUUGGGAAGAAAAAGUCCACCAAGCCACCAUCCUCACAUUCAGACAUCGAAGAGCUGACAGAUUCCUCCCUGCCAGCAUCCCCCAAGCUACCCCACAAUGCCGGUGACUGUGGCUCUACAUCCAUGAAGCCCUCCCAGUCAGCCUCAGCGAUCUGUGAAUGUACCGAGGCUGAGGCAGAGAUCAUUCUGCAGUUGAAGAGCGAGCUCAGAGAAAAGGAGUUAAAAUUAACAGAUAUAAGGCUGGAGGCCCUCAGCUCAGCGCAUCAUCUUGAUCAGAUCCGGGAAGCCAUGAACCGGAUGCAGAAUGAAAUUGAAAUAUUGAAAGCUGAAAAUGACCGGUUGAAAGCAGAGACCGGUAACACUGCUAAACCUGCUCGGCCUCCCUCUGAAUCCUCAAGCACUGCAUCAUCUUCUUCUUCUCGCCAGUCCUUAGGGCUUUCGCUCAACAACCUGAACAUCACAGAGUCUGUUACCUCAGAUAUUUUGCUAGAUGACACUGGUGAUGCAACUGGACAUAAGGAUGGCCGCAGUGUGAAGAUUAUAGUCUCCAUAAGCAAGGGCUAUGGUCGAGCAAAGGACCAGAAGUCUCAGGCAUAUUUGAUAGGAUCCAUUGGUGUUAGUGGAAAAACUAAAUGGGAUGUCUUAGAUGGUGUCAUUAGGCGUCUGUUUAAGGAAUAUGUGUUCCGGAUUGAUACAUCCUCUAGUCUUGGUCUGAGCUCUGACUGUAUUGCUAGCUACUGUAUAGGAGAUUUAAUUAGAUCCCAUAACCUAGAAGUGCCUGAACUGCUACCUUGUGGAUACCUGGUUGGAGAUAAUAAUAUUAUCACUGUGAACCUGAAAGGGGUAGAAGAAAAUAGUCUGGACAGUUUUGUUUUUGAUACACUGAUCCCUAAACCAAUCACCCAAAGGUACUUUAACUUGCUGAUGGAGCACCACAGAAUUAUACUCUCAGGACCGAGUGGUACUGGAAAGACCUAUUUAGCCAACAAACUUGCUGAAUAUGUAAUAGCCAAAUCUGGGAGGAAAAAAACAGAGGAUGCAAUUGCUACUUUCAAUGUGGACCACAAGUCAAGUAAGGAAUUGCAGCAGUAUCUUGCCAACCUGGCUGAGCAGUGCAGUGCUGACAAUAAUGGUGUGGAGCUCCCUGUGGUCAUAAUUCUGGAUAAUCUUCACCAUGUGGGCUCUCUGAGUGAUAUCUUCAAUGGUUUCCUCAAUUGUAAAUACAACAAAUGUCCUUAUAUUAUUGGCACAAUGAAUCAGGGAGUCUCUUCAUCACCAAAUUUAGAGCUACAUCACAAUUUCAGGUGGGUAUUGUGUUCAAACCACACAGAACCUGUGAAAGGCUUCUUAGGCAGGUAUCUUCGAAGGAAACUGAUAGAGAUGGAAAUUGAAAGGAAUAUACGCAAUAAUGACCUAGUGAAAAUCAUAGAUUGGAUUCCAAAGACAUGGCAUCAUCUCAACAGUUUUUUGGAAACACAUAGCUCUUCUGAUGUCACUAUCGGUCCACGGCUUUUCCUUCCUUGCCCCAUGGAUGUAGAAGGUUCUAGGGUGUGGUUCAUGGACCUCUGGAAUUAUUCCUUGGUACCUUAUGUUCUGGAGGCAGUGAGGGAAGGCCUUCAGAUGUACGGGAAACGGGCACCGUGGGCAGAUCCGUCCAAGUGGGUCCUUGAGACGUACCCGUGGAAUCCUGUAUCCCUGCCUCAGGAGGGUCCGGCCCUGCUGCAGGUGCGGCCGGAAGAUGUGGGGUACGAGGGCUGUACGUCUGCGAAGGAAGCCACAGCGUCAAAGCGCGUUCCCCAGACGGACACAGAAGGGGACCCCUUGAUGAAUAUGCUAAUGAAACUCCAGGAAGCAGCCAACUACUCGGGCACACAAAGCUGUGACAGCGAUAGCAUCCACCACCAUGAAGACAUUUUGGAUUCAUCUCUUGAAUCCACCCUCUGAAGGGUGAAAAGAGUUAGGCGAAGGACGAUGCUUUUAAAAGGUGUUUUAAAAGACAGGUAUUGUCACUAAACCACUGCCAGUAUGAUAAGUCCCCUUGUCAGGGCCCUGACCCAAAGUCUAGAGUCGUGCGGCCUCCAAGGAGGCAGCAGAAUUAAGUUGCAAUGGCCAGGAUGCUAAGUUGAAAUGGGAACUUAGUUUAUUCUAUUCCUAGGCAUUUUUAUAACCAUAAAGUGAGCAAGGGCUCCACAGCACAACUGGAAAGGACCCUAAGGACAGGGCAUCUGAGUAGAUUGCACACGGGAUAGCAGGCUGGACUUUAGUUUCUUCCUCUUUCAAAGUUUACAAUGCAGGACUUACUUUUUUUUUCCUUUUCCUUUCUUUUUUUUUGUGCCUUUCUUUUGUUUCCUCUGAGGGGCUGCCCUCCUCAGGCAGGGUCCACUCUUCUGAUCCACGCCACUGCCUUUGUGCCGCAUGGUGCUGGUGACAGGGCUCCGGUAGUGUUUGCGGUGUGUGUUCACUCCAUGGCAGAAUGAAUGGAAGAGGCCAGUCCUCUCCAGAAGCACAAAGGGGAUUGUACAACCACCAGAAAAACACUACUGUGGUGGCGGCAAAUGGGAAGGGCCAGCUUUCCUUCUAACCGCUGCGCUCUUCC